AUAUUUUAAUUUUAAUUGUUUGAACUGCUAGAAUGAAUUCUUAAUGUGUACUAUGUUUAUGUUAACCUCAAAAUUUAUUGAUGUUCUAUAAUAUUUUUAAUUUUAAUUGAUCAUAAGAAACACAGACUGUGAAAAGAUUUAGUAUUUAAAUAUAUUUCUGGCUGCUUGAUUAUGAAUCCUGAUAUUGAGCAAAAGAUUUUCAAAUUUGAAACAUUCGUCAAUGAUGUAUUGAAAGAGGAUCUUGCUCAAUUAGAACAGAAACUUGAUGUUAAAAAUGCAGAUGUUGCCGAAUUUCUUCAAUUAAAAUCUAUGAUAACUACCAUUCAAAAUAAUAAUCUUGAUAAAAGUGGAUUUAAAACUCAAGUAGAUAUUGGGCAAAAUUUCUUUAUCGAAGCACACAUUCCUGAUGCUUCUACAAUUCUAUUGGAUAUUGGUUUGGGACAUUAUAUGGAAUUUUCAUUAAAUGAUGCUCUGGCUGUUAUCAAUGUCAGAAUUAAACUUUUAGAACAACAGAUUGCACAUUAUCGUAAAGAGAUAGCUAAUAUAAAUGCUCAUAUCAAACUAAUUCUCCUAGGCAUUAGGGAAUUACAAGGAUUUAGAGACUGAAUAUUAAGUAUAUUUUAUCUUAUAUAAUUCUAUGUAAUUUUUCAUGUAUACAUAUUUAUAUCUUAUUAUAACUUUUGUACAUAAUAGAGAAUUAAAUAAAUAUUAAAUGAAUAAAAUUUUGAAUAA